UUUGUAUGUCCACUUCUAAUAUACCGCGCUACCGUUUUUCAUACAUUGUCAUAUUUUGUUGACAUGUCUUUAAUUGCGUGUGUCAGUUCUGUGUGCCUUUGCGUUUUCCCAUCAUGCAAAUGUUUCGUGUUACAUUUUCACUUUCAUUAUCCUGGAUUCACUGCGUGCACUGUCAGCGCACAGUCGAAAAACCGAGUUCCUGAUAGUCUCCCAGUAGGCCAUGUCACUCUCUAUCCUCCUGGUGGGUUUAUGCGUGCCGCUCUCCUGGGCCGCGGUAACACACGUCAGCGGAGAGGAUGAGCCUCCGUUCCCUGUAGCGACCAACGGACAGCCGUUCCCCUGGAACAAGAUGCGGCUUCCUCAAGCUGCUUCCCCCCGCCACUACGACCUCCUCCUCCACCCCAACCUCACCACUCUGGACUUCACUGGAAGAGUAAAGAUUCAAGUGGAGGUUCUCCAAGACACGCACACGCUCGUACUUCACAGCAAAGAUCUCACCAUCUCCAAGGCGGCUCUGCUGGGCCCCGCCCCAGGUCAAAGUCACGCCCUGAGGGUGCUGGAGUAUCCCCCGUACCAGCAGGUCGCUGUCGUCAGCGAACGUGAGGAGCUGAAGAGGGGUGGUGUGUACGUCGUCGAGCUGGACUUCGCGGCCAACCUCUCGGAGAGUUUCCGUGGGUUUUAUAAAAGCACGUACCGCACUACUGCUGGAGAACAGAGGGUUCUGGCCUCCACUCAUUUCGAGCCCACCAGCGCCCGUGCGGCCUUUCCCUGUUUCGACGAGCCCGCCUUCAAAGCCAACUUCUCUGUUCGCAUUCGCCGGGAAGGCCGGCACAUGGCCAUCUCCAACAUGCCCAAGCUGAGGACAGUCGUGCUUCCUGGUGGCUUGUUUGAGGACCAGUUUGACGUGACAGUGAAGAUGAGCACAUACCUGGUGGCCUUCAUCGUGUGCGACUUCCUGUCCAUCAGCAAGAAGACUCAGCAUGGUGUCCAGAUGUCCGUGUACGCUAUACCUGAGAAGAUAAGCCAGGCCGAGUUUGCGCUGGACGCCGCGGUGAGGCUGCUGGACUUCUACGACGAUUACUUUGACAUCCCCUACCCUCUGCCUAAACAAGACCUGGCAGCCAUCCCUGACUUCCAGUCUGGUGCCAUGGAGAACUGGGGGCUGACCACGUACCGCGAGUCUGCCCUGCUUUUUGACCCCCACAAGUCCUCGGCCUCCGACAAGCUGGGCAUCACCAUGAUCAUAGCGCACGAGCUCGCCCACCAGUGGUUUGGUAACCUGGUGACAAUGCAAUGGUGGAAUGACCUCUGGCUGAAUGAGGGCUUUGCAAAGUUCAUGGAGUUUGUGUCUGUGAACAUCACCAACCCUGAACUGCAAGUGGAGGACUAUUUCCUGGAGAAGUGCUUUGAGGCAAUGGAGGUGGACUCUUUAAGCUCCUCCCACCCUGUGUCCACCCCUGUGGAGAACCCUGCGCAGAUACAGGAAAUGUUUGAUGACGUGUCUUAUGACAAGGGUGCCUGUAUCCUUCACAUGCUGAGGGAGUUCCUCAGCCCCGAGGUCUUCAAGAUGGGCAUUGUUCAAUACCUAAAACGCUACAGCUACCAGAACACAAUCAACACACACCUGUGGGAAAGUCUGACCACUAAGCGGCGCUCAGAGGAUGAGCUGGACGUUAAGGUCAUGAUGGAGACAUGGACGCUGCAGGAGGGCUUCCCGCUCAUCACAGUGGAGGUAAAAGGUCGAGAGGUUCGCCUGAGUCAAGAGCGAUACCUGAAGAGCGAUGACCCCUCCCAAACCUCUGGGUUUCUAUGGCAUGUUCCGCUGACAUAUGUCACCAGCAUCUCGAGGACUGUGCAUCGCUUCCUGCUGAAGAGCAAGACAGAUGUGCUGUAUCUGCUGAAAGAGGUGGACUGGAUUAAGUUCAACGUGGACAUGAGUGGAUACUACAUCGUCCACUACGAGGGGUCAGGCUGGGAUGACCUCACUUCUCUGCUCAGACACAAUCACACGGCCCUCAGCAGUAACGACCGGGCCAGCCUAAUCAACAACGCCUUCCAGUUGGUCAGUGUGGGGAAGCUGGCCCUGGAUAAAGCCCUGGACCUGUCGCUCUACCUGAGCCGCGAGACUGAGAUCAUGCCCGUGACGCAGGGCCUCCGGGAACUUGUGCCACUCUACAAACUGAUGGAGAAGAGGGACAUGGAGGCUCUGGAGAACCAGAUGAAGAGCUACAUCGUGCACCUGUUCCGGGAGCUGAUCGAGCGUCAGGAAUGGAGCGAUGCCGGCUCCGUGUCUGAGAGGAUGCUGCGUAGCUACCUGCUCCUCUUCGCGUGCGUGAGGGGUCACCCUCCUUGCGUCGCCACCGCCACAGAGCUCUUCAACAAGUGGAGGGAGUCCGAUGGCAGCAUGAGUCUUCCUAACGAUGUCAGCCUGGCAGUGUUUGCGGUUGGUGCUCGCACCCAGGAGGGGUGGGACUUCCUGUUUGAGAAGUACCGGGAGUCCAUGUAUACGUCGAUAAAAAGCCGCAUCAAGUCUGCGCUCUCAAUCUCCCCCCUCGCUCACAAACUCAAAUGGAUGAUGGAGCAGAAUUUGGAGGGUUCGGUGAUGAAGACGCAGGACCUGCCCUAUGUCGUGGUGUCUGUCAGUAACAACCCCAAAGGCCAUAAGCAUGCUUGGGACUUCCUGCAGACCUACUGGAACUUGCUGGUCAAGAAGUUUGACCUCGGUUCCCACUCCAUUGCACACAUGGUCAUUGGUGUGACCAGCCAGUAUUCCACCAGAGAGAUGCUGGAAGAGAUUCGGGAGUUUUUUGGAUCCCUGAGUGCUGAGACAGGUGCUGAUCAGAGAUGCAUCCAGCAGGCACUGGAGAACGUGGAGGAGAACAUCCGCUGGACAGACAAGAACCUGCCGCUGCUCCAGGCCUGGUUGAACAAGAACCACGCAGAGCUGGUGACUCGCCAUGACCUGUAUGAGCACGCAGAGCUGUGAGGCGUACAGAGAGGCCAGGCUAAGACGAGGUCGCACGUGACUGGGGGGCUUCAGCGCUGGCUGAGAAGAUGCACCCCAAUCCCUGGUGUGCGUGCUACACGUUUCUGAAACGCUGCUCAGAAAAAUGGUGACUUUACUGAAACGUGCGGUCGGUUUGAGGCACACCUCAUUGGGCUUUAAUUUAUCUGAGGGGCAGCGUUUAAAAUGGGUUUUCAGUAAACAUACAGCAUGAGUGGGACAGUCACCAGCGUAGAGAUGUUUUUUUACCCCAUUAACCCAUCCUCUCCUUACCUUUCCUACAUUAAAUAGGGGGAAAGUGACAGUGGUUUAUCUCUCGUGCUGUACCCGGUGUGUGUGUGUUAAUGUCUAAUUUUGGGAUAAUUUUUCUUGGUUCAAAGAGGAGACACUGAUGUCAACUACCGAUUUUGCUUGGGUGCGGUUUAGUCUUUUGUAUACUGGUCUCCAGCACCUUCAGGAACUAGAAGGAAAAAAUUGAAAUAAAAUUUACAAUUAAA